GUGCGCGCCACCUGGUGUGUGCGUGUGUGAGAGAGUGCGCGUGUGAGUGUGAGAGAGGGAGUGCGAGAGCGAGAGUGAGAGCGAGUGUGUGCGUGUGUUUGAUAUAGAGUGAGAGAGUGACUCAAAAGUAGCAGAGACUCUACAUCAUCCCCCGGUUCUCUCUCUCUCUUUUCUCUCUUCUCUUUUAUUUCUUUUUCUCUCUCUCUUUUCUUUCUCUCUCCUUCUCUCUCUCCGGGAAUGAGAAGCGAUGGCCGCGUGCGGCAGCGAGGAGAAAACCUACCGGCGUUUCCUGGAGCUUUUCUUGCGGGAGAUGAAGCCUCCCCUGCCCGAGGAUGGCCCUCUGCCCACCCGGCCUCUAUCGGACUCUUUGGCGGAGGAUGAAGUGGAGGGGGAGACCCUGGAGCUGUGUCUGCAGCACCUCUGCAAAUAUAACUGCCCGUUCACACUGGCCGCAGCUUUGGCUCGAGGCACAGCCGACAGUAUCCUGCAGAGCGAUCUCUCCGUCUACCAUCUCAACAAGAACACUGAAGACGGCACAGAAACAUUUCCUCAGAUCGAAGCGGUAAAGCUGGCACGGUUAGUGUUUAAUAAGCUGUGCGAGACGUGCUGUCUGUGGCUGAAAGGGGUACCGAUUCGCCGUCGUGCCCAGCCAUACUAUGAGACGUCCAUCCACGCCAUCAAGAAUAUGAGAAGGAAGAUGGAAGACAGACAUGUGGUCAUCCCAGACUUUAACUCACUCUUUAACCUGCAGGAUCAGGAGGAACAGGCGUAUUUUGCUGUGUUCGAUGGCCAUGGAGGUGUGGAUGCAGCCACUUAUGCCGCCAAUCACCUGCACGUCAACCUGGUGAGACAGGAGAUGUUCAGCCAGGACCCCGGGGAGGCACUGUGCCGUGCCUUCAAACUGACUGAUGAGCGCUUCGUACAGAAAGCAAAGCGAGAGAACCUACGCUGUGGCACUACUGGGGUUGUGACCUUUCUGCGGGGCCGUACUUUGUAUGUGGCCUGGCUGGGAGACUCACAGGUCAUGCUGGUGAAGAAAGGACAACCUGUUGAACUGAUGAAGCCACAUAAACCAGACAGAGAGGAUGAGAAGCAGAGGAUCGAGGCGCUGGGUGGCUGUGUGAUCUGGUUCGGGACAUGGAGAGUAAAUGGCAGCUUGUCUGUUUCAAGAGCUAUAGGAGAUUCGGAGCACAAGCCUUAUAUCUGUGGUGAUGCUGACCACAUCUCAUUCCCACUGGAUGGCACAGAGGACUACCUUAUCCUGGCCUGCGAUGGCUUCUAUGACACAAUGAAUCCGGAAGAGGCGGCACGAGUGGUCAGCGAUCACCUGCAGGAGAACAGUGGCGACACCACUAUGGUGGCCCACAAGCUGGUGGCCUCGGCCCGUGAUGCUGGCUCCAGUGACAACAUCACGGUCAUUGUGGUGUUCCUCAGGGAUCCACGUGCACCCCCACCAUCAGAGGAGCCAGAGGAGGAGGGCGAGGAGCCAGAGGAGGAGCCUGUGGAAGAGGAAGCGGAGCCGGAGGAGGAAGAAGGGGAAGAGGAGGAGACCUCACAAAGUGAGCUGGUGUGUCAAGAUGGCGGUGGAGAGAAUGGUGGGAAGUCUCGCGGCGGCUGGCCCCUCCAGCAGUGCUCGGCUCCGGCCGAUCUGGCGUACGAAGACCGCAUGGAUUCGUUUACGGACAGAACCAGCCUGAGUAUCACUGGGCCCAAGCCUUUUACAGAAAAGGGCUGCUUCCAGCUGCCUUCGGAGCCCGGCAGCCCACCAAGCAGAACCUUCAGCCCGGACCUGGGUCCUGGAGGAGGCUGGGUUUGGCGACCUCGCAUGGAAGCGGAGGGCAUCUGUGGGCUCAGGCAUCAAAAACGACCUAAAUCUCUAGUCCCACCAUUCACAAAUUCUGCCACUGGACGUUGGCUAGAGGCGGCUGCCCUCUUUCCUCAGCAAGGGAGGAGAAAGAGAAGAAUGGAGGGAGCGUCUCUGAAACGGGAGAUGAAGAAAAGGCGCCCCAUUUUAACGGCCCGGAAAAGCCACUGCCCCUUGAGCCCUCACCCUUAUGUGCCCUUUCCCCUCCGCUGUAUAGACAGCAGGCCCGGGGUCGCCAUGCCUCGCGUAACACAUGACGAAUUCGGGGUCUAAAUCCUAAACCUGAAUUAUGCUCCUCACCUUCCAACACUAGAACACACUCAUAUCAUCCUUCAUAAGCUGAAGAACACAAUGGGUGCAAACAUAUUUACAUACUGGCAUACUGCACAUUUAAAUGCACACAUGUCUUAGGGAAGAAAAUAAUCUUAAAUGUAGACAAUUUAUCUCAUAUUUCUUAUUGCAUGACUGCUGUAAUAAUAAGAAUAUUAUUAUUAUAUACAAAUUUACAAUAUGUUGUAAAGUAUAUGCAUAUCAUACAAUUACCUGAUAUAAAUAUUACAAAAUUGAUUGUAAGAGUAAAUACAACUGUCACGUUAUAGUAUUUGAGAUUAUAAUGUAUUAUAAAAUAUAAAUAAUACAAUAUUUACCUUAUAUUGCAGUACUUACAGCACUUCAUAGAAGAAUAGCUGGAACUGAUUCACCUGAUUUAUAAAAAUAUGAGAAUUUAAUGUAGAAUUCUCUGUUUUCAGCAAGGUCUAUACUUCUAUGACUAUUGAAGUAAAAUUAUCUUCGUGGAUGUAUUGGAGAUGACUGUUUUAAAUUAUAUUUAACAAAAGUAUUUAAUCAUUGUCUGAUAAUAUUUAUACAAUUUUUAUUCAUAUUCUUACAGCAGUCUCAGAAUGAGAAAUACUGGAUACCCUGCCAAGACUUCAGAUGCUGUCACUUGCCAAGAGAGGAUUUAUUCAGCAUCCCUCCUUAUGCCUAAUCCAGGCCAGCCUGCCACAUCUAUUAAUAUUCACAUUAUACAGGUUGAGCAGAAGCAUCACCUGGACCACUUUAUGGUCAAGAACUUCACUCUCACCAUCCUCCAUCUAUUUCCUUCACAUCAGACGUGAUCACGAAAAAGCCAAGAGUUAUUUCAUAGUCAGUGAGGGUGAGAUCUUUGAGGUCAGGGAGCUGAAUAUAGUUUCUUUACUGACUGUAUCAAUAGGCCUGAACUUUCCCACCCUUUGAUUUCACCUCUGAAACCUUAACCUCAGUAUUCAGAGUUUAUUUUAUCUUCAUUUUCCCAUGUGUGUGUGGGUGUGUGUUUGAAUUUGGCUUAUUUUGGUUUAGUUGCGAGGCUGCUAUGUUUGUAAUUCCUUAGGUAUGAAAUAAAGGGACAGUUUUCAAAUUAAAGAGAUAAUUAUACUGAUCCAGGGUGGAUGGAAUACAUGAUGGUUUGUGCAUUAUAUUGUGACAAUAUUUAACAAUUCAUAAUUUUCCAAAAUAAACUAUUCCCAGGCUCCACCCACAAAUGUGUUCUUUUACAGCUAUUGUUUCUUGAUGAACAAGCUUACAGGAAAAAUGGUAAAAAUCCUAUUUAAUGCUAAUAAAACACCAUAGCUCCUCCCCACUGUAUAUUAUAAUAUCUACUUUUCACCGUAAUAAGGGAUUGGAAAUAUAUAUAUAUAUACAAAUUUGCCAGCAUUGCUAAUGUUAUUUACUAAAAUACAAAUUCAUUAGCAUCAUGUGAAAUCCACAAUGCACUUUAUUUAGCAGAGUAACAUACUUAUGGCAAAAUGUCUAAGCAAAUUAUUAAUUGACACUUGUUAAGAAAUUAUUAUUCACAAAUGUAACUAAUGCCUCAAUUCAUUAUUAUAAACAAUUUUAGCAUUAUAUUUAGCAUUUUGUGCUGUUUAGUAAUGUCUUAAUUAGUGUCAAUAAAUAAUUAGUUAACCAUUUAACAAUGUUUAUUACUGUUGUGACCCUUACUGUAAAGUGUAGAGUGUAACAGAUACAGUUCUGCAUUUACUAUCCAGUAUAGAAAAAGUAUAGGUAGAAACCUAUUUAGACAAUCUUACAAUCUUUGAAACCAAAGAAAGAAAUACAGCAUAGUUCUACAUGCUGCUUUACAACACAAGUCAUGUUUUUCUUUCAAGUUUGCCUUUUCUCAUGUUCGCUAUUUUCUUAUUCAGAAUAUCAGAACAAACACAGACUAAAUCCAGACUGUCUGCCGCAUUCCAUCAGCUGAGUGGUAUUAUUGAACAGUGGAGAUGUUUAGGAACCACAUAAUCUCAGCAAAGAAGUGUCAGACCGAGUAAAUUUACAGAUGUCCAAUGCUUCAAAACCUUCCCCAAAGCUCUUCUGACCCUGUAAACUGCAGAGCUCCACACAUGCUGUCAGAGCUGCAUAUUAAUGUCUGUAAAUUUAGAAUGGUAUACUAUAAAUGCUGAAUCUGUAAAUGUAAUGUGCUGGUGUCCCAGUACAAAAUAGUGUAUAUAGUGUAUUAUCACUUCUGCAGUGCCGGCCUACACUAAUAGUAUUCAUAAAGGCUACCAUCACUUAACAGAUAUUCCAUGAAGUACACUGCCCAUGGGAUAUGUGUACAUACACAGAAGGGUAGGCGAGAAGGAGCAUGAGCAUCAGUAACCGAGGCCUCCACAAACAUGGCACAACUGACAAUGCUGAAUAAACACAAAACGUGGUUAAUUAGCAUACUAAUAUAUAAUGACAUUAAAAUCAUAACCCAUUGAUUUUUUUUGUUAAUUACAUUUACAUAUAAAUACUUUUGUAAAUCAUAACACACUAUGAAUGUAGGUAUUGUAAUAUACACUGAGGUGGAGCUACAGUCGCUCAUUAGGGUAAACAUAUGUAUAUAUUAAUAACACUCUUAUUGUAGGUAUUGUUAUGAUGUACUGAAGUGGAGCUACAGGCUCUCAUUAUGUUUGAAUUACAUUUGUAUCAGUGUAAAGUUGUAAAGGUUGUCCAGCCAAGCAACAGAGGCUUUAGAACACAUUUGUGGUCUGGAUAGUGCUAUUCCCAUAGCAAAUGAAUGCAUCAUGAAUGAACACAGCGCUCAUCAUAGGCUGAAUCUGGUGGAGUAGAAUGUAUAUCAAGAUCCAGAAUGUUUUCAGUUCUUUCAGACCUCCACACGUUCAUACGCACACACACACACACACACACACACACACUUAAUAGCCAAAUGACUGGGAUGAUUAAAGAUUAGAUUUUAGCCUGAACUUUUUGGAAUGUAUCUGUAUUUUCCCUUCAGUCUUAAUAUUUAUCGUGCAACUUUUUUUUCUGGUUAGUUUGUCUUUCUUUUUUUUAAUUACAGCCUCUUCAACAGCAUAUCUAAAUUUUGCUUCCAUCAAAAUACAACACACCAAACUGCAUAAUCAUGUUUUUAAAAUAUGAAACACUUAUUUUAGUCAUUUUUGACAUGUAAGGAAAACGUGGUGUUGGUUUGUGCUCUCAGGCAAUUUUGGGGCACAGAUUGAUCCUGUAGCUAGGCUUAAGCUAGGCUUAUGAAAUAAUACAACUAUUUUGUCUGCCUUUCUGUUCUUUAUCAUAGUAUGUAAUGUCUCUGAAAAAGACUUACCCCUAUUUCCCUAAGUUAUGUCUCGGGGCACAGAUAUAUAUACAUAUAUAUAUAUCUAUAUAUAUUGAAAUUGUAGUAAAAUCAUAUAUGUGCGUGUGUCUGUGUGUGUGUGUGAGGAUGUAUGUGUUUAACAGUCGGAAUGUCUAUAUAAUGUCUUUUAUUAUAUGUGAUAGCUAAGUUACCAUUGUUAAUUCAAAUAGAUACAGAAGUCUGUAUCAAGCUCCUUCUCCAUGCUCCAUGUUUACCCCGUGCAUUACCACUGUGACCAUCAGCGGAGCAGGACGAUAUUUCUGAUCCACAGUUAUCGCCAACACCCUCCUGCAAGUGGUCUGAAACACAUUAUUGGCACCAGUGUGGGAAACAGCCUCCUUCGUCUCCAGGAACCCUGCUUUGGCCGCUUUAGAUGGACUUUUGAGAUGCAGUAGUGAUGGUCAAGCAAACCACACUGAAGACCUACUCUCUUCUUUACUGUUCCCUCACUCUCUCCCUUUCUAUCUACUUCCCUCGCUCUCUCACCAUGUCGUGUUCAUGUACUGCUUUCUUUUCCCCCCAUAAGCAAUAAUGAACCUACAUAAGCCAUGAGUGAGGAGAGACUCUCUUACGGAGACCGGAAAACAAAGCAGAAGGGAAUUUUACAUUUUCAGUCGAGACAAAGGAACGAUUUAAAAAAGGAAAUAUACAAAAAAAUAUGUGUUACUGGUGGUCAUCACUGUAUUCUAUUAAAGCUGUGUAUAAAGACAUAAAAACACUAUUGUACUCUCUUACAGACCUGAAUUGAUGAUAGCCAUACACCCUUUGCAGCCUGGUGCCUAGCUCACACUACAGACUGGGCAUGCUGCUGAUUUCAGGAAAACGGGGCGAUUAUCCAAGGAACGACACUUCAGAGCCAUGGCUCAAACACUUUUCAGUGUAGAGCCGUGUCCAGUAGCCUUUCACACUCUACUACAGACAUUUACAAGCUUGAGAAGACUCUGAGGCAAGAGCAAAGUGCUAAAGCAGCUACUGAAAAAUUACACUUCCACAUUUUUACCCUUACCCCCCAAGAUAAUGAUUAGCCAAAACAAGUACAGUAUCUGAAAUUUGCCUCUUCAGUUUUAGCACCGGAGCUAUGAGGCUAAAGUAGCUAUUGUAGCUGCUGCUAUUGUUUUCAGUUGUGCUAAUGCUACAUUCUUUCCAAACUGUGGUUAAUGUGUAGUUCUUAAAUGUAUCUGCAUUCGAAAUACGGUGUUGUUUAUUCAGGUAUUGAUUUUUUUUUAAAUAUAAAUGUAAGGUCUAGCAAUUCUGGCGCUAUUUGACCAGCAUAUCCAUGUUCAAAACACAAGAAAUGCUGUUUUUGCUGAUGACUGGUUUGCUAUGCCAUUCUACACUGGAUGUUAGAGAAUAUGAAUACAGUUCAGUCAAAAAUAAGGUACAGAAUGGCAGAGUGACAAUUAUUAUUAUUAGUUCCUGUUUUUGAAAAAUAUCAACAAAAUACCAUAUCAUUCACAAAUAGAAAGUCAACAGCCUUGUACGUAGUACAUGCUAUAACUUGUAGUUCUAUGUGAGGCAUUUCGUUGACUUCAGCUUGUUGGAUGAGCUGAAAAUAUGUUUUAUUUCAUUGGGGCUUGAAUGAAGAACAAGAUGCUAACUAAGUGAUAGCAUCAUUUAGCUUCAGUGCUGAAAGCUAAAAAAGCAAACCUCAGAUACUAAAAGUCUUAACUUCUAAACCGUUAGUAAGGGUAAAGUGUGUAAAUUAAUUUUUUGGUCGAGAUCUGUCAGUGAUCUCACUGCAGAACAUGGAGUCCUGUCGAAGCUGGAGGGAGUUUUUGGAUUCACUAUGGUUUUUGGCAGAGUGUAAGCACCGUUAGCCAUGUCUCCAACCAUGGCUAGCCUUUAAAACGUACAAAAGGAAAGGGAACCCUCACACAUUGUUGUUGUAUCUUUAGGAGUUUUUACUUUUCACACUUUAAUUUUAAAAUGAUGAAUGAUUCCCCCAAUGCUGCCUUUUUUCCUGCUACAGGAAAUCCCUCUCAUCCUCAUCACGUCCACUUCCUCCUCCUCCUCCCUUUACCUCCCAUAGCUGCAAAUUAGCUCACAGUAAAAUAGUAAAAACUGUAUGUGUAUCUUCUGUGGUACUGUAGUAUUAUAAAUAUGUAUAUCUAUAACUGGUGACUAUCAGGUAUAAAGUGUAUAAGAACCUUG